AACAAGCGUCCGCAGCUUGCACUGGAGAUCGAAUAGAUAGAGAUUGGAGUGAGAUCAAGCGCCCAUCUGGACUGGUGGCGACCAUGAGGUCCGGACUCCUCUCACUAUGUUUCCACUUAGCCCUAGCCAUUACACUGGCUACAAGUGUUCCUGACCUUGUUCAUAGUAGGGUGAUUGAUCUAAAGCUACAACCCAAACCAAUACCGCAACCUGAACCAAAGCCUGCACCACAACCAGACCCAAAGCCAGAACCCAAGCCAACACCGCAGCCUGACCCAAAACCCACACCACAACCAGACCCAAAGCCAGAACCCAAGCCGGCACCACAGCCUGAACCAAAGCCCGCACCACAACCAGAUCCAAAGCCAGAACCUAAACCGACACCGCAACCAAAACCAAAACCUACACCACAACCAGACCCACAACCAGAACCAAAACCCACACCACAACCAGACCCAAAACCGGAACCUAAACCCACACCACAACCAGAUCCAAAGCCCGAGCCAAAACCAACACCACAGCCACCCUCCUCGCAACCUGAACCAAAGCCCGAGCCUGAGCCAAGCCCCAAACCUACGCCAGAACCUAAACCUCAGCUGGAGCCUCAACCAAGCCCAAAACCCCAACCUGAACCAUCCAAGCCAGAGCCCCAGCCAAGGCCCAAACCUACACCAGAGCCAAAACCCCAACCAGAACCAUCGAAACCAGAGCCACCGUCUCUUCCACCACCCAUUGGCGCGGGCCUCAUGGAAGGGAACUAAGAGGAGCAUAGUGGCACAGAUCAACGUGCAUACCACCUACAGCUUUAGGCUAUGACUAGUACUAUGUGUAAGAGUGAGUUCUCUCUUUAUAUAUAGUAAUAUAUAGAGAGAGUGUGUGUACUACUGUCGUACUAUGUAUGGACGAUGUGUGUGCCAACCUUUUCCCGUGUGUUUCCAUCAGCAUGCAUCCAUGAUCCAUCAUCCAUGUAUAUGCUUUGGUAAGUUUGUGUAUCAUCAAUGAAUAAAAGAAACAAGCCUUAUGUGUCUUGUUUCCAUACUUACCUUA